AUGGUUAACCGAGCUUACAGGCACGCUGUAGCAACCGGGGCUGAUGAAGCUCUCAUGGAUAUAACUCCUCUCUCUACUGCGGCAGGAUGCGCACCUUUCCUAAUAGUUAAACAGCUUCUCGCGCACUGCCCUCUACGCACUUCCUUCCAGGGAGAGCUGCUUCACUGGGCAGCUCGACGACAAUCUGACGACGCCGAUCAAGUCGUUAGGCUUAUUCUCGAGCGCUGCCAGCCUGACAUCAAUGGUAUAAUGUACAAGGGCGAUCCCUUCUCGUACGAACUACAGAAGGUUACUGGCUUCGGGACCGCCCUCCACGAGGUUGCAAAGAUGGGACAACUGCGCAGACGGCCAGACAGCAUGGAGAUCAUGCAAAGCUGGCAUCAAAUAUGUAGUAACGUUAUUUUCAUUGGCCACCGACACACGCAUUCUACGUAUGAAGUGGAUCGCGGGGAGGUGAAGUGGGGUGGGACAACAAUGAUAUCCCGGGAUGAAACGACGGAUCGAUCAAUUAAAAAAUUGGGCGGUACCUGCGUCAAAUUAUCCGAGGAGGUCUGGCAUGCCGGCACCGGAACGCAGCUGAAUCAAACUUUCUACAGCGAAUAUAGAUAUCACCGAGCCGUCGCCCGAGAGUCGGCAAGGAGAAUGCACGGCAGUUACGCGGUCAACAUAUCAAGAUGCUGCUUCACAUCAACAGCGUAA